GCGGCGGCGGCGGUAGCGGCUGCAGCCGGGAUCCCAGUUUGGCUAAGACGGAGGAACCGCCAGCUCUGACCUCGCUCUGGCUCCUGUGCGUGCGGCGCAGCGUUUGCGAGGCUCCGUGCGACGGGCGAGGGCGGAGGCGGCCAGUGCGCGCCGCCUUGAGGAACGCCCCGGCGGCGCUGCUGCGGCUGAGGAGAGAGCCGGUUCCGGGCCUCGGCGUCCUCUGCCGUCCCGGGCCCCGCGCCUCCUCGUGGGGCUGGCGGCGGCGAUGUUCUCGGUCUUGUCGUACGGGCGGCUGGUGGCCCGCGCCGUGCUCGGCGGCCUGUCGCAGACCGACCCCAGGGCGGGCGGCGGCGGCGGCGGCGACUACGGGCUGGUGACGGCGGGCUGCGGCUUCGGCAAGGACUUCCGUAAGGGCCUGCUCAAGAAGGGCGCGUGCUACGGGGACGACGCGUGUUUCGUGGCCCGCCACCGCUCGGCCGACGUGCUGGGAGUUGCAGAUGGCGUUGGAGGGUGGAGAGACUACGGAGUGGACCCGUCUCAGUUCUCAGGGACUUUGAUGCGAACGUGUGAGCGGUUGGUAAAAGAAGGGCGCUUCGUCCCCAGCAACCCUGUUGGGAUCCUCACCACCAGCUACUGCGAGUUGCUGCAAAACAAAGUACCUUUGCUGGGUAGCAGCACAGCCUGCAUCGUGGUGCUGGACAGAAGUAGCCACCGCCUGCACACGGCAAACCUGGGUGACUCAGGCUUCCUGGUGGUCCGGGGCGGUGAAGUCGUGCACAGAUCUGACGAGCAGCAGCAUUACUUCAACACUCCAUUCCAGCUCUCCAUCGCUCCCCCUGAAGCUGAGGGGGUCGUCCUGAGUGACAGCCCUGACGCUGCUGAUAGCACAUCUUUCGACGUCCAGUUAGGAGACAUUAUCCUGACGGCAACAGAUGGGCUUUUUGACAACAUGCCUGACUAUAUGAUCCUUCAGGAGCUGAAAAAACUGAAGAAUUCAAAUUAUGAGAGUAUACAGCGGACUGCAAGAAGCAUUGCUGAGCAAGCGCACGAGCUGGCCUAUGACCCAAAUUAUAUGUCACCUUUUGCACAGUUUGCAUGUGAUAAUGGAUUAAAUGUGAGAGGUGGAAAACCAGACGACAUCACUGUCCUCCUCUCAAUAGUGGCUGAGUACACAGACUGAUUGGUCACGCUGGCGACUCCUGCCUUUGCCCUGCCCCCCCUCUCCCCUGCCAUGUGUGCUGAUCCUGCUGGCAGGACCACAUUUCUUUGCCACUGAUCUCAGUGGCCAAUGACGGAUGCUCUGGCCCAUGUUUGAGACCCGUUGAGAUCCUUGUUGAGAACCACUACUGUCAUCCACUAGCCCGGACCUGCUGGUGACCUCCAAGAGAAGUGAGGUGACGGCUCUCUUCUUCUGGAGGUGUUCAAAGCCUUUUACUUUUCGAAAGCAGUUGAAGUUUUGAAAAUAAGUAAUGUUGGUAAAGUGAAUUCAAAAUUUCAGUGUGUAAGAGAUGUUAACAUUGAACAAGUAGUAAAUAGUGACCCAUCUACCAGAGAGCACAUGCAUCGUCCCAGGAGAAGUCCCGUGUCCCACAGCGCAGUGUGGCUUUGUGUUUUCUGUAUAAGCCCGUUUCCCAGGAGCCCACAGUCCUGCUCCAAUCCUGCGCUGGAUUAUGACAUCUCAACCCCAGCAGCUUAUGUUUUGGUUACAAAUUUGAAGAGAAUUUUUGUUGUGUGGAUGCAAAUAUCUUGUGCUUUUUAAAGAUGCUUACUUGUGUUCCUGUGAUUGAGGCUGUGGCAAUUUACUGGUUUAUCCAGGUCACAGGAGGGACAGGGGAGGAUACUCCUUACCAAAAUCUAUUAAUGGAAAUACUACACAAGAGCUCAAAACUCCUCAAAGCCUGGGAAUCAAAUGCCAUGGCUGAAGCCGUCCGCUCUGCCCAUGAGGAUGCCAUGGGCCUUCUGGGCCAGAGUAUGUAGCUGCAGCCUGAAAUGGGGUUGGCUGUGGACAGCCUUACUCUUUCCCUCAGGAGCCUCCCACCCUUAGAGCAUGCCCCACCUGCGUUGUGUCCUCAAGGUGACAGCGCAGUGGCUGCAGCUCCCAGAGCCCACAGGAAAGCUAGUGAUGACCUGACAUCUGCAGUGACCCCAGCUGAGGGUGGGGCUCUGAGUCUAGCUUAAUGUUUACAGUUCUAAUAGCCAUUUGCAGUAGGCAACGUCCUCCUCAGACCUCCCCAUUACCUGCCAGCGCAAACUUAUUUUUAAGGUUUAUGUACAACUGACUGCUGUAAAGAUACAUAUUUUUUGGGUCCGUUCUUUUCCUUCAUUAACUUGGUGGUAGAAAACAUGUAUACUUAGAAACCCUUAAGUUAAAGCUGUGUUUUCUGUGUAAGUCAGGUGAUGUUGGUGUGAAAAUCACAUGAGCAGCCACACAGCCCUUCCUCUGCAGGAGACACUGGCUCCCUGGUUACUGCAUUGAACUUGUGUUUGAGGUUACCUCAACUUGUUUUUAAAAAGAUUUUAUCUGUGAGUUUGUAUAUUUGAGUAGUUGUCUCUUGUUUUAUUUAAAUUGUUUACCAUGUACCAUGUACAUGUCAUUGCUCUAUCUCAGUGCAUCAUGCUUGUAACAGGCAUUUCAUUUAUAAGAAUGAGUUACUCAUUUGUAAGCUGUUCAGUAAUUUAUCUACUAUUCCUAAAUUGGCAUAAUGUUAGAUUCCUAUUUUGAAUCACCUGUAAUUACAUGUCAAAAUGCCUUAACUACCCUAACCUGACAACACUGAGUUCUGUGGUGAGGAGCUGCAGGGCCGGGUAUGGAGAGACUGGAAUAAGGAGAUGUCGUGCUCUGUUGAUCCCGGAGCCUGAGGGGCACGAGGUGGGUAUUUAUUUUGCACAAACUCUUUGCAGUGUCUGUGUUUAAAGCAGUAAGGUUGCAUCCAGACGGGGUGUGAGACUCUAGGACUGACUACUCCCACUCUUCUGUGUGGUUUGUGAUUAGUUUUUGGUCAGAGGUAUUGUAGCCUUACAAUCUGGAUAUAUUUUGCAUUAAUUUUCCAAUGCCGACAUUUAAUUCCUGCUUAGAGCACAGCUGGUUGAGUCACUGGCUUUUUCUGCUCUCAUUUAGCCCAUCAAGCAAUCUGUAAAAGUAGAUUGGUGUGUUUUAUACAACUUACUUUUAGACAACUCACUUUUCUGAGCAGUGAUAGAAAUGGACAGGGCAGGCGUCGAGAUUCAGAGUGAAAAUUACUUUGGGCCUGGCGCAUGGACUAGUGACAUCACAUAUUCCCUUUGCUUCUCCCCUGUCCUUUUUGUUACAUGCUUAAUUUUGUCACUGUCAACGAUUAGACAGAAUGAGUGCUGCCUCGCACUCCCCAC